UGUCGGAAGUGGUGAUCCCCCCAGAUGGAGCUCCAAAGUCAACAUGGCCCCGGCGGUUCAUUAGUGGUGAUCCAGCAGCCUUCCCUAGAGAGCCGGCAGAGGUCGGAUUACGAGCGGGAGCUCCAGCAUGCCGCCAUACUCUCCCUGGACCAAAUCAAGGCCAUCCGCUCCAGCAACGAGUACACCGAGGGCCCCUCGGUGGUACGGAGGCCCCCUGCGCCCCGCAUGGCCCCCAGGCCACAAGACAAGCAGGAGAGGACUCACGAGGUCAUCCUCGUCAAUGUGAACAACAAUUAUGAGCACCGGCCGUCAGGUCACCACCACCACGUCGGGGCCGGCGCGGUGGUUGUGGCCGGGGUACAGCAGUACAGCGGGUCCAGGGCACCGGGGCUCAGCCGCUCCACCAGCACGGGAAGUGCUGCCAGUUCAGGGAGCAACAGCAGUGCCUCCUCUGAGCAGGGACUCUUGGCACGCUCACCCACCAGCAGGCCCGGCAUGAGCUUACAGCAGCACCACCGAGCGGAGCGGCCUGUUCGGACUCAGCCCAAGCCCAAGGCCCUUUUACAGCCCCAGCAGGGACCUCACUUCCACCAGCCUCCACUAGAGGCUCCGCUCAAGCCCCUGGGCAAAGGGAAAUCAGACUUUUCUGGCAGUGGCAAGGGGGUGGUGGCCGCUGCAGGGCACCAGUUCAUCUGUGAGCGCUGCGGGAAGUGCAAGUGCAGUGACUGCACGGCUCCCAGGAGCCUGCCUUCCUGUCUGGCGUGUAACGGCCAGUGCCUGUGCUCCGCGGAGAGCGCGCUGGAGCACGGCACGUGCAUGUGUCUGGUAAAGGGCAUCUUCUACCACUGCUCCAAUGACGACGAGGGCGACUCGUGUGCUGACCACCCCUGCUCGCUGUCCCGUUCCCACUGCUGCUCUCGUUUCCUGUGCAUGGGAUUAAUGUCGGUACUCUUCCCCUGUCUUCUAUGCUACCCGCCCGUCAAGGGGUGUCUGAAGGCGUGCCAGGGCUGCUACGACCGGGUUAACAGGCCCGGCUGUCGCUGCAAGAACUCCAACACUGUAUAUUGCAAACUGGAGAGCUUGGACCCACAGACCCGGGAAAAACCUUCCUGAUCGCCCCUGUGUGUUUUGUGAUUGCGUGUGCGCGGGAGACUCUUGAUGUGGAUCUUAUGAUGACAAUGAUAAUGAUGAUGAUAGUCACAAAUUAAUGUUUAUCAAACAUUCUAAGCACCUCCCACCCGCCUCCCCUCCUCACUGCGGAACCCUAAGGAGCUAAGCAAAGGAGUUAUGAAAACCACUCAAUUAUUUUUAUUUUUAUUUUCUCUGGAUCAGGACCAUGUUUUUACAGACCAGUGUUUGCCUUAACUGUUCCUAUGUCUAUCCUCAGCUCCUCAUUAACACUUUUUUAUAUAUAUAUAUAUUUAUAUAUAUAUAUAUAUAUAUGUGUAUGUAUAUAUAUAUAUUAUGAAAAAGUUUUUCUUCCGUUUUAGGUAGGCAGUUUUCCCUCUGGGUCUGUGCCCAGUGGGAAGCCGCCUCUCACCAAAUCUGUGAAGGACGAUCUUCUAUAGGGCAAUUAUGUAGCUGUUACCUGGUGUUCAUAGCGAGCAGGUAUGUCUGAAUUAUUGGUUGCUACCACACUAAAACCGUGGUUCCUACGCUCAUGUUGCAUUAACGAAAGCACAUCCAUCUCAUAGUAUUUUCUCCCACCUGGAUAUGUUUCUCUCCUUCCACCCAUCUGAACUCUUCAUACACGUUCUGUGGCAUUCUCCCAUGUUUUUUUGUUUUUUUUUCUUCCUCCUUUUAUUUUGUGUAAAUUGUAUGCUCAAAAUCCAUAAGAGGAAUUCUGGCUAUUUUUUAAAAGAAAAAUGUCUGUUAAAACAUUUUUUGUUGUAAAAAAUAUUUAUUAUGUGAAGCUCUAUUAUUUUAUGAUAUUUAUUGCAAGAGACAGUCUUAAAUUUACUCAUGUCUGAAUAUAACAAAAUAUCAAAUACUUACUGAAAAAUUAAAGGGUGGCACAAAAGAAAACUAUGUUAACUUUAAUGCAGAAAAUAUAUUAAUUAAUGAAAAAAUAGCACUGUCUGGUGUCUUGAUUGAGCUGUUCAACGGUAACUGGCUUGAGGAAUGAAAGAUCUGACUCAUGGCUGAUUUUAAGGAAAUGCAGGUCUGUUUUCUUGAGUUUAAGUUCAUUGGUGAACAGCAAAUCACUCUUUUCCAUGUGUGUGUGUGUCUGUGUGUAUGCAUGUGUGUGUUCAUGCUGGGUGUGGAAUUCCUGGUAAAAAAAUUUUCAGUAGUGAGUAGAAACAGCUUGUAGCCCGAAAUGUGACUGUUUACAUUCUUGGAGGGCUUCUUUGCUGCGAUUCUCCUCGGCAACCUUGAAAGCUAAACAAUACAGGUCAUUGACACGAUUAGCCUCGAAGCUGCUAGCAUCAACAGAGCUUCCACGUUUCCAUGAGUUAUGCUCACAGGAAGCGAGUCUCCUUCUGAACCCCCCCACUCCACUCACCAGCCAACAAGUCAUCACAAAACUAUGCACCAUAGUUUAUUCCCUGGGCUUUAACGCGGCUAGAUCGGGAUGUUCCCAAACUCCCAAAUGGUCUCCAUAUUGCAGAGCCCAACAGUGUGUGCCUUGAGAAAUGAGAGCGACCAUUACGAGUAGCCGGGGCCACCUGUUCAAAGAUAAUAAACUGGGGC